GGGAGGCCGAGAGGCGCUCUGCCGUCACUGCGCUGUGCGGCCCUCCGCCCACGUGGUGCGGCUCCUCGGCCAUCUUUGUGCGGGGCUCCGCUUUCAUCCGCGCAGCAGCCGGGACUCCGCAGUCGGGCGGCAGGCGAUGGAGCUGGGGGCGCCCUCCCAGCUUUGGUUGUGGCUGCUUUUGCUACUCCUGCCCCCGGUGCCGGGCCGCGAGAAGGAGUCAGGUUCAAAAUGGAAAGUAUUUAUUGACCAAAUUAACAGGGCUUUGGAGAAUUACGAACCAUGUUCAAGUCCAAACUGCAGCUGUUACCACGGUGUCAUAGAAGAGGAUCUAACUCCUUUCCGAGGAGGUAUCUCCAGGAAGAUGAUGGCAGAGGUAGUCAGACGGAAGCUAGGGACCCACUAUCAGAUAAUUAAGAACAGAUUAUACCGGGAAAGUGACUGCAUGUUCCCCUCAAGGUGUAGUGGUGUUGAACACUUUAUUUUGGAAGUUAUUGGGCGCCUCCCUGACAUGGAGAUGGUGAUCAACGUGCGAGAUUAUCCUCAGGUUCCUAAAUGGAUGGAGCCUGCCAUUCCAAUCUUCUCCUUCAGUAAGACAUCAGAGUACCACGAUAUCAUGUAUCCUGCUUGGACAUUUUGGGAAGGAGGACCUGCUGUUUGGCCAAUAUAUCCUAUGGGUCUUGGACGGUGGGACCUCUUCAGGGAAGAUCUGGUAAGGUCAGCUGCACAGUGGCCAUGGAAAAAGAAAAAUUCCACAGCAUAUUUCCGAGGAUCAAGGACAAGUCCAGAACGAGAUCCUCUCAUUCUUCUAUCUCGGAAAAACCCAAAACUUGUUGAUGCAGAGUACACCAAAAACCAGGCCUGGAAAUCUAUGAAAGAUACCUUGGGAAAGCCAGCUGCUAAGGAUGUCCAUCUUGUGGAUCACUGCAAAUACAAGUAUUUGUUUAAUUUUCGGGGUGUCGCUGCAAGUUUCCGGUUCAAACACCUCUUUCUGUGUGGUUCACUUGUUUUCCAUGUUGGUGACGAGUGGCUGGAAUUCUUCUACCCACAGCUGAAGCCGUGGGUUCACUACAUCCCAGUAAAAACAGACCUCUCCAACGUCCAGGAGCUGUUGCAGUUUGUAAAAGCAAAUGAUGAUAUAGCUCAAGAAAUUGCUGAAAGGGGAAGCCAGUUUAUUCUGAACCACUUAAAGAUGGAUGACAUCACCUGUUACUGGGAGAACCUGUUGACCGAGUACUCUAAAUUCCUGUCCUAUAACGUAACAAGAAGGAAAGGCUACGAUCAGAUUGUUCCCAAAAUUUUGAAAACUGAACUCUAGUAGUCAUGAUCGGGCCAUAGUCCUCUCUAUGGCAUCAGACCUCAGAUACCCUAUGGUGAAAAGCUUGCUGUGAAUGUGACACCUAUACCUUGGAUACUGUUACCAAGUCAGAUAUCUGGUUUUCCUUAUCAUGCUGUACCAGGAGCAACUUUGGAGAAAGAUCCAAAUAGUGUGUAAUACAAUUAGGAAGUUGCUCAACAUCUUUGCUAAAGAAGGACCAGAAAUCGUGAGAUGUGGGUUUUGAACCUGAUUCUGCCUUUCAUCUUCUUAGGACCAAUCACAGCUUGUGCCUCAGAUCAUCCAUAUGUGUAUGCCCACACUGUGAAACUGACUAUGUCCAUGGGGUGACGCCCUUUGUCUCAUUCUUUUGAGUAGAAAGUCACUCAUAUGAAACUAGUACAACUCAUUAUCACAGUUGUACAGUUAUUC